AUGGAAAAGUCUGAGCAGCACUUCUCGGAGAAUCUGUCAAUCACCUCCGGAAAGGAAACACAAUCUCACAAGUCUGCAAGAACAACAUACUCAGAGCCACUCCUAGUUGAUCUACUUCUCGAUAUAUUCUCUCGAGUACCGACAAAGUCUAUAGCAAGGUUCCGUUGCGUAUCGAAAUUCUGGCAAUACAAAUUUGGUCUUCCUUAUUUCACUGAGUUGUUUCUGAGCAAAUCUUCCACUCGUCCACGUCUCCUUUUCACCUUGUAUUCUAUUUAUGAUGGGAAAUUGUUCUUCUACUCUGCACCUCAGCCUCACAAUCCAGAUAAGAACUCUUCUCUUGUAGCCACACGUUACCAUAUGUCAUCCCGCAAAAAUGUUCCAUGUGUUUACUGUACCCCGGUCUGUGGAUUGACCUUUCUUCAUGAAGGUGGUGAAGUAAUAAGAAAGGUGAUUUGUAACCCUAUCACCGGAAAGUUCCUAACCUUACCAAGAGUGGUUCUGAAAUCACCCCACACAGAGAAUGCUUAUAUUUCAAGAUUCUGUUUUGGAUAUGAUCCAAUCAGCAAACAGUUCAAAUUGCUGUGUAUGAUCUCGUCUCUUUGUGAGGGACCCAAUACUCAUCAGGUUUUGACAUUGGAGUCUGGAAAACGUUUCUGGAGAAGGAUCGGAUUUGCAUUCGAUUUUGUGGAGUAUAGUAGAGUGCAUGGUCAAAUAUGCAUAGACGGUGUUUUGUAUUUCGGAGCUAACAUGGAAGAUACUUCUGUGAUAGUUUGCUUCGACGUUAGGUCUGAGAAGUUCGACUUUAUUAAUUUAGAUAAAGACAUGAUGAAGGCUCAUGAAUAUGAAUCUUUGACUUUGAUCAACUACAAAGGCAAAUUAGGUAUACAUGAAAGAAUAAAUAACGUCAAAGAACUUGUGUUGUGGGUUAUGGAAGAUGCUGGAAAUCAUAAAUGGUCCAAGCAGACCUACCAAGUGCCUACUUCAAUCAGAGAGAAAUUGUUUGUUGGAAUGACUGCUACAGGUGAUAUCGUGUGGUCGUCGUACAUAAACGGCAACAAAUCAAAGCCUUACUGCGUUUACUUCUACAAUCUUGAGAGGGGAACUUUUACAAGCGUCACUAUUCAGGGAUUUGAAGAGUUUGAGUGUCGUAGUGUUCACACUUUUAUACACUAUGUGGAGAAUCUCAAGUUUAUGUAA